GGCCGCCGGCCGUCGCAGCCCCAGAGCCGCUCGCUCCUGCCUCUCGCGAGCACACCUGGGCCUGCCCGGGCCUGCCCGUAGGUGGCACCCACGCGGGAUGCCGCGCCAGGAGCCCGGCAGGUGAGAGCAGGAGGGGGGGGCAGCAGCAGCAGCAGCAGCAAAAAGCAAAAGCGCAGCGCGGAAAAGGAAGGCCGAGCCCCCGCCCUCGCCUGCCCUCCACGAGGACUGGAACCUUGGCCGAGGGCUGGGCUGCCCCCCAAGAGGUGACUGACCAUGGCAAAGGACGGCGGCUGCUGCGGUUUCUGCACCACCUGCCUCCUUGGACUUUUCAGCUGCCGCUGGACUCACAGCAAGAAGGCCCUGAAGACGAGCAAGUGCGACUGUGCCUGGUUCUUCCUCCUCUUCUGCGUUUGCCUUCUUACUCUGGUCUGGCUCUAUCUGGCCCUCGUCACUCUCAACGAUUUCCACAACCUCAAUGAGUUCCUCUUCCAGAAGACGGAAUGGUGGCUGGACUGGUCAGUGGUGAUGCUCUCUGCAACAGCUGCUCUGGUCACCUACUCCUCUCUGCUCCUGGUUUUGGCACUCUGCCUACAGCUCUGCCACCAGCCCCUGAAGCUACAUUGGCUCCACAAGGGCCUUCUGAUCCUGACCGCGCUGAUGGUAGCAGCUGCUUUUCUGGGACUGCAAAUUCAGUGGUCAGAACAGUGGGAGAGUGCCCACAUCUCUCUCCAGGCAAUCGGCCCCUUCCUGCACAUUGGCGCAGUGGCCGGCUUGACUCUGCUUGCCUGGCCGGUAGCAGACUGCUUCUACCGCAUCUCCCAUGCAGCUCUCCGGCUCCUUCUCCUGCUCUUCUACCUGGGUGCGGCGUUGGCCUUAUACCUGGCCCCCCUGGGCAUUGACUCUCCCUGCUUCUUGGAGCAGGGCCAGCUUCCUCCCAAACCAGCUCUGUUUGGGCACCGUGGGGCUCCCAUGCUUGCACCAGAGAACACGAUGAUGUCCUUCCAGAAGGCAGUCAACUGUGGCGUGAGUGUCUUAGAAACAGAUGUCCUGGUGAGUGCUGAUGGGAUCCCUUUCCUUAUGCAUGAUGAGAAGCUCUUACGGACCACAAACAUACAGGAGGUCUUUCCCACCCAAGCCCAGUCCAAUGCCAACACCUUCAACUGGACACAGCUGCAGCAACUUGAUGCUGGCAGCUGGUUCUUGCAGAAGCAUCCGUUCCCCACAGCAUGGAGCCUUUCAGAAGAAGAGGUGGCCCAGGCCAGGACGCAGCACAUUUUGUCUCUGAAGGAGCUGCUGGGCGAGGCCAAGAGGCACAAGGUGUCUGUCAUGUUUGACCUGCGGCCAGAGGAAGACCCCCACUAUGAGCACCUUGUCAACAUCACAGUGCAGACAGUCCUCCAGUCGGGCAUCACCCCAGAGCUGAUCCUAUGGCUGCCUGACGGGUUUCGGGAGCAGGUGGAACAGCAAGCACCAAGGUUCCAGCAGAUCUAUGGCUCCAAGAUUUUGGGCAACAAAACAGCAAGGCCGCCGCGGGUCAACCUGCCUUACCAAAAUCUGAGCAGCACAGAAAUCAGGGAAUACCGCCGCAACAAUAUCUCAGUCAACUUGUACGUGGUCAAUGCCCCAUGGCUCUUCUCCAUCCUGUGGUGUGCUGGAACUAGUUCGGUCACCACCAAUGCCUGCCAGGUGCUACAGAAGAUGCAGCGCCCUGUCUGGCUGCUGCCUCGUGCCACGUAUCAGAUGAUCUGGAUCGUCACAGACUGUGUCUCCUUCCUGCUCAUUCUCUGGGCAUUCUUGCUGCUGAAAAGAUGGUCUUGGAAAAAGGACUCCCAAGGUUCCGACUCAGAUGUGCUCCUGACGAAGAUCCACAGCCUAUUAUCUGAGUGAUGCAGGAGCGUCAAGAAGUCCCGGGCUUUGCCCUUCCUCCUGCUAGACUUGGCAGGGCUCUCUUCUUUCAAAAUGUUUUCCUGGGAACGGCUUGUCCUUGGGGUUUGCUGGCAGCGGCUGCCGCCGGGAUCUGUUUCAGUGGCCUGCGUUGCGCAGCCUAAGAAGCAAUCACAGGAUGUCAUGGCAGCCCAGGCUCCUGCGCUUCUUUUUGGAGACUGGAAACCAGGGCCUCCCUCAGCAGGACCCAAAUCCUGGAAUUACGGUUAGAGCCUCAUGGCAGCAGUACAGAGCUACCUACUCUCCUGCAGGACACACAUUCUUCUUGACGCGGGACUAGAAGGAACCUUUGAAGUGCCUCAACUGGUAUUAAUAAAGCUGUUUGUAUGGGCUGGGAAAGCCGGAGCCGGAGUAAACACUUAUUCCU